AUGAGUGUGGCACACUUGCUACUCCUGGGGCUGGCUCUGAGGCUGAGGGCCAUCAUUGCUAAUCCAGAAGAGGGCAGCUUUUGCUCUAAGAGCCAAGUGGCCUUCAGAGAUGCUUGUUAUGAAUUUGUGUCACUUGGACACACCUUCCGUGGUGCCCAGAGCUGGUGCGAAGGGCAGGGAGGCCAUUUGGUCUUCAUUCGUGACGAAGGUACCCAGCGAUUUCUUCAGAUGCACAUCUCCCAGGACAGAGAAUGGUGGAUCGGACUCACAGGGACCUCGGCGCACAAUGGAACCACAGGAGGGCCCUGGACCUGGUUGGACACUUCAAAUGUGAGCUACAGCAACUGGCAACAAGGGCAGGCCACACCUGCCCCUGACACCUGUGGCUACAUCGGGAGAGGCCCUUCCUCCCAGUGGGCUGCCUCUGAUGACUGCACCCAGGCCUUGGCCUUUGUCUGCGAGUUUGGGGUUGGUCAGAGCCUGGCCUGUGGUGGCCUCAAUGCCACCAUGCACUGCGGCUCAGGAGAGGUCAUCCAGAUCCAGGAUGCCUUCUAUGGGCGCCAGACCCCCCAUUAUUGUACCCAAGAAGACCUGCCUCCUUUGGAUCUCGAGAAGGAUUGCAGCUGGGUCAGCGUCAAGGACGAGGCGGCAGGCCAGUGCCAGGGGCUGCAGGCAUGCCAGAUAGCAGCAGAUGAGACCUACUUUGGAGAUCUGUGCCCCACUCAGGGCAGCUACCUAUGGGUGCAGUACCAAUGCCAGGAAGGCCUGCGACUGGUGGUGACAAAUGGGAGUUUCAUCUUUGACAAUGUCACCAUCUCCUUGACAUGGCUCCUCUCUCCCUACAUUGGAAAUCUGUCCUGUAUACUCAGCAUGGGAGAUGGCCACACUCUUGAUCCCUACUACCCUCCCAGUUUGUCCAGCACCGUGAUCCACCAGUUUACAUCUCCUGGGGAAUUCACUGUGUUUUCGGAGUGCACAACCAGCGAGUGGCAUGUGACAGCUCAGAAACAAGUAACAGUGCGAGAUAAGAUGGAGAAGCUCAGUGUCACUGGGUGUGCCGGCCGAUCCAGAUCAGGAGCCAGCCCUCUCUGCCGGGCUGUCUUUGGGGAGCCUCUGUGGAUUCAGGUGGAGCUUGAUGGAGGAACAAGAGUGACUUACACUGUGCUUUCCGGCAACAUAACUCUGGCUGAGUCUGCCACCCAGACGGGCUCACUACCCUAUAAUCUGACCCUGGACAAGGAUGCUCAGGAACUGAUGGGCCCCGGGGUCCACCACCUGCAGAUCCAAGCCAGCAGCAACAGCACCGCCUCGGCACUCUCUGGGAACAUCACUGUCUACUUUGUGGAGCUGCUGUCAGGACUGCAGGCCUCCUGGGCUUCAGACCUUGUAGAACUGGGACAGGACCUACUGAUCAAUGUCUCAGUGGCUCACGGCACCCCUGAGGAGCUGACUUUUGAGGUGGUGGGACUCAAUGGAAGCUUCUCCCAAACGGAAGAGGAUUUGGGGGAGCCAUCUGGGAUUUACCACGUGGCAGUUCCUGUUGAAGGCACCUUUCUGGUCACCGUGCAGCUGAGGAAUGCCUUCUCAAACUUGAGCUUGGAGAUAGGAAGCGUCACCAUCACAGCCCCAUCCAAUCUUCAAGAACGAACUGGAAUGAAUGUUAAAGGAAAGAAUAGAGACAAAGGGGCUAUGGAGGUGCAUGUUGAGCCUGGUGUGUAUGCAGACCCUUUCACAAUGGUCACUCUGAGCUGGCCAGAUGAUGACAAGGAUCUACGUUUCCAUUGGUCAUGUGGGCGAUGCUGGGCUCAGUGGAGCAAUUGUGUUGAGAAGCAGCUGCUCCACCUGGACCAGAGGGAGUUGGUGGUCCCACCAUCCUGCCUGCCACCACCAGACUCUGCUGUCACCCUGCACCUGGAUGUCCUGAGGGGCCAGGAGCUGGAGAACAAGGCAGAGCAGUGUCUCUAUGUCUCUGCUCCCCUGAACCUCAAACCUCAAAUCAGCUGUGAGAAGAACUGUCGCCUGGUGACUGCUGGCGAAGACCUUGAGCUCAGGGUCACCUUGGGAGGCGAUGCCUCAGUGGCCACGUUCAGCUGGUACUUAGAUGACCCUGCCCCAGAUAAGGAGGAGCCCCUCCCAGCUGCCUGCAGACUCAGAGGAUUCUGGCGGCGUUCUCUAGUCCUGCUCCAGAGCAACACCUCCACCCUGUCGCUCAACAGCAGCUCCCUGCGGACCUGGGGCGAGGUCAUCAGGAUCCGAGCCACAGCACUGACCAGGGACGCCUAUGGGGAGGACGCCUACGCGAUCAGCACUCUGCCUCUCCCCGAGGUGCCCACCUGUGAGAUUGCCCCAGAGGAGGGCACUGUGCUGACACGCUUCUCCAUUCUCUGUGAUGCCUCCAUGUCCCUUGGCCCCCUGGAGUACUGCUUCUGUCUGGAAUCAGGUUUCUGCCUACAUUGUGGCCCUGAAGAAGCCCUCCCAUCUGUGUAUCUACCACUUGGAAAAGAAAACAAUGACUUUCUGCUGACAGUGGUCAUUUCUGUCACAAACCAGGCGGGGGACAGACAGCAGACCCAUGCAACUGUUAAGGUGGGUCUCAGUGACACACGUGUUGGAGAUGUGGCACUCCAGACAAUCACCACCUCUCUGCAAGGCGAGCAUGGCCCUGAGCAGCUUCUCCAGCUGGCCAAGUCUGUGUCCUCCAUACUGGACCAGGAGGACCAGGGCAAGGGCUCCAAGCAGCCGCUGAGAAUGGACGUCAGAAGGAAGGUCAGAGAACAUGUGCUGAAGUCGCUGUCCAUGGUUGCCACCAACCUGGAGGACAUGCAGAGAGUGCAGGGCCUGGCUGAGGUGCUGAGGGAGGUGACCCACAACAGCAAGGAGCUCACAUCGUUGGCCCAGUGGGAGGCCAGCUGCGCUCUGCAGCAUGCCAGUGAGGCCCUAUUGACAAUGAGUACUAAGGCCCAUCCUGACGACCAGAGGCACCAGGCAGCCACCAGGGACCUGUUUCAAGCUGUGGGCAGCGUACUGGAAGCUUCCUUGAGCAAUGGACCAGAAGAGCCCAUAGAGACCAACAGUAGCCAGACUGCCACAGUGCCCCAGCUUCUCAGGGUUGCAGAGCAUGUUCAGACUGCCCUCCUGCUGGGGACACUGCCCGGGGGCCUUCCAGCCACCCUGACCACCCCUGCCAUCUCUGUGUACACAAACAGAAUAUACCCUCAGAGUCGGCAAGGCUCCCCAAUGCACGUUGCUGCUGCUAACUCUGUGGCCUUCACUCUACCUGCUGUGGCCCCCCUCUUCUCUACAGAGGGCAGCCAGUCACCCGUGGAUAUAAGGAUGAUGAGUUUCCCAAAGAGCCCCUUCCAGGCUGGAAGUCACUUUGAUGUCAGCGGAACUGUCGGUGACCUUCGUCUGACCAGCCCUAGUGGACAGCUCCUCCCUGUAAAGAACCUACCGGAGGAUAUCGAGAUCCUGCUGCCCCGGCCUGUGGAAGGACACAGUGAGCCAACUGUGUUGAGCCUGACCAGCUCUGAAGCUCUGUGGGUGAACGUGACAUCAAAGGAGGCAGCUCUGGGCAUCCAGCUGCACUGCAGACCCAGAAUCCCACUCACACUCAGCCUGGGCUAUGGCUACCACCCCAACAAGACCAGCUAUGAUGCCCAAACUCAUUUGCCACCAGUGUCUGCUCCAGAUGAGCUGUCCACAUGGAUCCUGGGCCCAGAGGACCUGCCCUUUGGAGAAGGUCUCUAUUAUUUGACAGUGGUCCCUGAGUCUGACCUGGAACCUGCCCCUGGUGGGAAUCUCACUGUCAGCAUUACCACCUUCCUAUCCCAUUGUGUGUUCUGGGAUGAGGUCCAGGAGACUUGGGACAACUCUGGAUGUCGGGUGGGGCCGCAGACCACCCCCUCCCAGACCCAUUGCCUCUGCAACCACCUCACCUUCUUCGGAAGCACCUUCCUGGUGAUGCCCAAUGCUGUUGAUGUUCACCAGACUGCUGAGCUUUUUGCCACCUUUGAGGACAACCCUGUGGUGGUGACCACCGUUGGCUGCCUCUGUGUGGUCUAUGUGCUGGUGGUGAUCUGGGCCAGGAGAAAGGAUGCGCAAGAUCAGGCUAAGGUGAAGAUCACAGUGCUGGAGGACAAUGACCCCUUUGCCCAGUACCACUACCUGGUGACAGUCUACACAGGACACCGGCGAGGGGCAGCCACGUCCUCCAAGGUGACUGUCACCCUCUAUGGCCUGGAUGGAGAGAGUGAGCCCCAUCACCUGUCAGACCCUGAUUCCCCAGUUUUUGAGCGAGGAGGUGUGGAUGUCUUCUUGCUUUCUACCCUGUUCCCUCUUGGAGAACUGCGGAGCCUCAGGCUGUGGCAUGACAACUCAGGGGACCGGCCAUCCUGGUACGUGAGCCGGGUGCUGGUCUAUGAUCUGGCGAUGGACCAGAAGUGGUAUUUCCUCUGCAACUCAUGGCUGUCCAUCAGUGUUGGAGACUGUGUCCUUGACAAGGUGUUUCCAGUGGCCACAGAGCAGGAUAGGAAACGAUUCAGCCACCUGUUCUUCAUGAAAACCUCCACGGGCUUCCAGGAAGGACACAUCUGGUAUUCCAUCUUCAGCGGCUCAGCUCGGAGCAACUUCACACGCGUUCAGAGGGUGUCCUGCUGCUUCUCCCUGCUCCUGUGCACCAUGCUGACCAGUAUCAUGUUCUGGGGUGUCCCCAAGGACCCAGCUGAGCAAAAGAUGGACUUGGGUAAAAUUGAGUUCACUUGGCAGGAAGUGAUGAUCGGGCUGGAGAGCUCCAUCCUCAUGUUCCCCAUCAACCUCUUGAUUGUCCAGAUCUUUCGAAACACCCGUCCUCGGGUCCCAAAGGAGCAGACCACAGGGAAGCAGGACUGGGGGACCCCCAAGAUGACUCCUGCACCACAGCCCAUGGAGGAUGGCCUUCUGACACCUGAAGCAGUGACCAAGGAUGUGUGCAGACUUGUCAGCUCGCUGUUCAAAGCUCUGAAGGUGCCACCGCCAGUCGUCGAUGGGGACUCAGUGGGCCUGAUGGACAUCAACAACCUCCUGGCUUUGGUGGAAGACCUCAUUCGUCCACAGAACACAAGGGGGCAGGGCUUCCAGGAAGAGGCUGAAAAGAGAGGAGAACCUUUUACACUCACUCUUGGAUCUGCACAAGUGAAGGAGAAAGCACAGUACCAGGAGCCCAGGUUGGCCCCCAGCAGUCCCUGGAAGGGCAGCGCCUACAGGCAGUGUCUCUACCUUCAGCUGCAGCACCUGGAGCAAGAGCUGAGACUGGUGGGGCCCGGAGGCUUCCCGCGCCACAGCCACGCCCAGGCCCUCAGGCAGCUGCAGACCCUGAAGGGCUGUCUGGGGGGACAGCUGGGCAUCCUGGCCCCAGCAUAUGUCAGUAUUCCACGGGCCAGGAGGCCCCGCGGUGGCCUGCCCUGGUGGUGCGUCCUGGUGGGCUGGCUCCUGGUGGUGGCCACGGGCGGUAUGGCGGCUUUCUUCACGAUGCUCUAUGGACUGCACUAUGGGCGGGCCAGCUCCCUCCGGUGGCUCAUCUCCAUGGCUGUGUCCUUGGUGGAGAGUGUGUUCAUCACUCAGCCCCUUAAGGUUCUGGGCUUUGCUGCUUUCUUUGCGCUGGUCUUGAAGAGAGUGGAGGAGGAGGAGGAGACUAUGCCCCCACUGCCAGGACAUCUGUCCAGCCCAGGCCCCUACAUCUUGUUCCGAGCACGAAGAUGCAGCAGCAAGCCCGUCUAUCAGCCACCUCUUGCCACCGCCAUUGAGAAGAUGAAAACCACCCACCUCAAGGAACAGAGAGCAUUUGCCCUAAGCAGAGAAAUCUUGGCGUACCUGGGCUUCCUAUGGAUGCUACUGCUGGUGGCCUAUGGGCAGAGGGACCCCAGUGCCUACCAUUUCAAUAGACACCUCGAACACAGCUUCACCCGAGGCUUUUCAGCUGUGCUGGGCUUCCAAGAGUUCUUCGAGUGGGCUAACACCACCCUUGUGAACAACCUGUACGGUCAUUACACAGGCUUUGUCACUGAUGGAAACUCCAAGCUAGUUGGCAGUGCCCACAUUCGCCAAGUGAGGAUCCGGGAAAACUCUUGCCUUCUGGUCCAACAGCUGCAGGCUUCUUUGGACAGAUGUCAUGCGCCAUAUUCCCAGGAUGUUGAAGACCUGGCAGACUAUGGAGAAGGCUGGAAUGCCUCCACCCUCAAUAAUAGCAACCGCUUUCCCCAGGCUUGGCAGUACCAGAGCCAGAGCCAACGUCAAGGUUAUCCCAUGUGGGGCAAACUCACUGUGUACCGAGGAGGAGGCUAUGUGGUCCCUUUGGGGACUGAUCUCCAAAGUGCAUCAAGAAUUCUUCAGUAUCUCUUUGACAACACCUGGCUGGAUACUCUGACUAGAGCAGUGUUUGUGGAGUUCACCGUCUACAAUGCCAAUGUCAACCUGUUCUGCAUCGUCACACUCACGCUGGAGACCAGUGGCCUGGGAACCUUCUUCACACACGUGGCCCUGCAGAGCCUCCGCCUGUACCCCUUUACCAAUGGCUGGCACCCCUUUGUGGUGGCAGCGGAGAUCAUUUACUUCAUCUUCCUCUUCUACUACAUGGUAGUGCAGGGCAAGCUCAUGAGGAAGCAGAAGUGGGGCUAUUUCUGCAGCAAGUGGAAUCUUCUGGAACUAGCCAUCAUCCUGGUCAGCUGGAGUGCCCUGGCAGUGUUUGUGAAGAGGGCUGUCCUUGUGGAGCGUGACCUUCAGCGCUACAGGAGCCACAGGGAGGAGGGGAUCAGUUUCAGUGAGACAGCAGCAGCUGAUGCUGCCCUUGGAUACAUUAUUGCCUUCCUGGUACUCCUGUCUACAGUGAAGCUUUGGCAUCUUCUCAGGUUGAAUCCCAAAAUGAACAUGAUCACCUCGGCUCUACGCCGGGCCUGGGGCGACAUUUCAGGCUUUAUUACCAUCAUUGUUAUCAUGCUCCUGGCUUAUUCCAUUGCGUCAAACUUAAUAUUUGGUUGGAAACUCCAUUCCUACAAGACCCUCUUUGAUGCAGCAGAAACGAUGAUCAGCCUUCAGCUAGGAAUCUUCAACUAUGAGGAGGUGCUGAGCUACAGUCCUGUGCUUGGUUCCUUCCUAAUUGGGUCCUGCAUUAUUUUCAUGACAUUUGUGGUGCUGAAUCUAUUUAUCUCUGUCAUUCUGGUGGCCUUCAGCGAGGAGCAGAAGUGUGGUCAGCUGUCAGAGGAAGAAGAGAUCAUUGAUUUGCUUCUGAUGAAAAUAUUCAGCUUCCUAGGCAUUAGCUAUAAAGGAGAGGACCCUCAGAGCAGCAGUGACCAGGCUGAAUCUGCCCCCGAGGCUUGGGUUCCUCAACCAGCACAAGCUGUGCCCAAUGUUUAA